AUGACUACUCCGAAUGAUCCUUGGGCUCGAAGAGAAGCCUGGCGCAAUCAAUUUGGAUUUCGUAACAAUGCAAGACUUUCUUGGCCAGGUCUAUCUUGGGGCAUUGGAGCUUUUAUAAUUUAUCUUGGUUAUGAAACACUUACAAAUCGUAUUCAACACAAUAAUCAUGAUAAUAACAACAACAAUAAUAAACACAACAACAACAAAGAUAUAAUUACCAUUUCUGCUGAUUCAGACAUUGAUGAUGAUUCUGCUGCUGGUUUAAAUGAUGAUGAUAAGUUGACUACUAAUACAUUUUUUGUCUUUUUGAAUACUACUAGGAAAAUAAUUCCUCGAGAACAGUCAAAGAAUAAGAAAGGCUCGAAGAAACAUCUAUCUCCCUUAGCAUCAAAUUUACCUAUACCCAUAAAACUUUAUAUUAGCUGGCCUGCAAGCCGAAUAAGUUAUGAGCAACAAAAUGAUCAUGAGUUACCACCACCAAUUUCAAAUGAUGAAUUACCACCAACUAGACGUGGAGGAAUCGAGUGUAUGUUAGUCUCACCUACGAAGAAACCGGGGUGCGUUAAAGGUUUUCUUGAAAAAUUAAUUAGAGAUACAGUCACUUGUAUUGAACAUCCAAAACAUAAAACUGCCACAUCUCUCAACGUUGAACUUGAAAAUUUACCAAAAAUUGAAGAGCUUAAAAAUGAGAUGGAAAUGACCAUUAAAAAAUUUACGGUUUAUUCAAUUAUGAAGGUUGUUGAUGGAGAUAGGUUUGUUACAUCAAAAUUAGAAGCAAUCAAUAGAGAGAGAGAUAGCUUCAUGAAAUUUGUUGAAAAAUCAAUAGAUGAGAGUAACAAGUUGCAUUCUUUUGCUGAAAGCUUGAUUGUUUUUGCCGAGUGUUGUGAAGAUAAAAGCAUCAGCGAUAAUGAAUUAUUAGAUGCUUUAAAAUCAUUAAAAGUUGAAGCAAUUAAUAAUAGAAAGUCUGCCGAAAAUUUAAAAUAUGAAAUAGAAAGAAUUAAACCAAAUCUCAAAAAAGUUCGUAAGGAUUUGAUUAAUUAUAAUACAAAAAUUGAAAAAAGCAGAAAAAAUAUGGAUUCACCCACCCGAGACAAAUUGUCCGAAGCAAAGUUUUCAGCUACAGGGGGUUUAGUUUUAGCAGGUGUGGGUCUUUUUGUAUCGUUGUUAGCAAUACCAUUUACUGGUAGUGCAUCAGCGAUUCCAGCUGCAGAACUCAUAGCUGGAUUAGGAUCAGGAGCUUUUUUUGUUGGAGCAAAAAAUGUAGCAAAUCAGAGUAUACAAUAUUGUUAUAUUAAUUACAAGUUAAAAGGGGAAAGAGAUAAAUUGGUUGAUCAAAUUGGAGAAUUGAAUAAUGGGUUGGUGAAUGUUUAUGUUGCACUUGGUAAAUUUAUAACACAUUUUGAUGAUCAGGAAACUCAUAUAAAUGAUUUGAUUGAGAAAACACAAUCUAAUGGUAGUACUGUAAGAAUUUCAAACUAUACUGCAAGAGUCAUUGCUAAAAAGUGGAAGAAAAUUUCACAAGAAUCAAUGCAAUACACUACUACCAUGAGAAAAUUACUUUGCCAUGUUUACGAACUAGAUAAUCUACAACCAAAAAAGUAUUGA